GGCUCCUGCUCCACGACGUAACCAUGGCAGGCCUGCAGGAGCUGCGAUUCCCCGAGGAGAAGCCACUGCUCCGGGGCCAGGACGCCGCUGAGCUGGAGAAUUCCGACACCUUCCUCUUGGCUGUGGACACAGACUGGAAGUCGAGGCCGGUCGCCUCCCUCAGCAAGAUGCCGGAGUGCUGGGAUGGGGAGCACGACAUCGAGACGCCUUACGGCCUUCUGCACGUGGUGAUCCGGGGCUCCCCCAAGGGGAACCGCCCGGCCAUCGUCACCUACCAUGAUGUGGGUCUCAACCACAAGCUGUGCUUCAAUACCUUCUUCAACUUUGAGGACAUGCAGGAGAUCACCAAGCACUUCGUGGUGUGUCACGUGGAUGCCCCCGGUCAGCAGGUGGGGGCCUCGCAGUUUCCUCAGGGGUACCAGUUCCCCUCCAUGGAGCAGCUAGCCGCCAUGCUUCCCAGUGUGGUGCAGCACUUCGGGUUCAAGUACGUGAUUGGCAUUGGAGUGGGAGCCGGAGCCUACGUGCUGGCCAAGUUUGCACUCAUCUUCCCCGACCUGGUGGAGGGGCUGGUGCUGAUAAACAUCGACCCCAAUGGCAAAGGCUGGAUCGACUGGGCGGCCACCAAGCUCUCCAGCCUGACCAGCACUUUACCUGACACGGUGCUCUCCCACCUCUUCAGGCAGGAGGAGCUGGUGAGCAACACAGAGUUGGUGCAGAGCUACCGGCAGCAGAUCGGGAAUGUGGUGAACCAGGCCAACCUGCAGCUCUUCUGGAACAUGUACAACAGCCGCAGAGAUCUGGACAUUAACCGGCCUGGAACAGUGCCCAACGCCAAGACGCUGCGCUGCCCUGUGAUGCUGGUGGUCGGGGAUAACGCACCUGCCGAGGAGGGGGUGGUCGAGUGUAACUCCAAACUGGAUCCAACCACCACGACCUUCCUGAAGAUGGCAGAUUCCGGGGGGCUCCCCCAGGUCACACAGCCCGGGAAGCUGACUGAAGCCUUCAAAUACUUCCUGCAAGGCAUGGGCUACAUUGCAUACUUGAAGGACCGAAGGCUGAGUGGAGGAGCAGUGCCCUCGGCCAGCAUGACCCGUCUCGCCCGCUCUCGAACCUCGUCCCUCACCAGCGCCAGCUCGGUGGACGGCAGCCGCCCGCAGGCCUGCACCCACUCAGAGAGCAGUGAGGGGCUGGGCCAGGUCAACCACACCAUGGAGGUGUCCUGUUGAAGCCCUUGGUCCCACGAAGAUGCUCACCUGCCCCCCAACCUGCAUCGACGUCCCACUGCCAUCCUUGCGCAGCUCAUUUCCCCUUUAGUUUAUUUUUGCGAGGGCGAAGGGGAGGAAAUGGGGUUACUUUUCUUUUGUUUAAAAAGAUGAGGGGAUCCGUCCUAGAUGCUGCAGUGGAACAGUCUCCAGAUGGUUUGAGGGGCUCACUCCUCCCCUACCCCACCCCCUCCCUCACCUCGUUAACUUGGCUGACUUAGACCCUCUCUUCCAGUUCCCCAAGGCCCAGGCACAGUCAGGGCAGGGUUCCAGGGAAGAAGGAGAUUAGCUAAGGAAAGACUUUGAGUCCAUCUCUGGCCAGGAUCCAGGAUAAUAUCCUGGAUUAAAGAAAGCAUGGGUUGACCCCCUCAGGCAGGCAGGUUUGAAGGUGCGAUGGGGUUUUGCGGUGGUAGGUGCUGGGACAGCAGGAACACAGGGUCCAGCUCAGGCACUGGCAUGAGAACCAGGAGACAGCAGCAGGGAGCACUCAGAGGCAGGAGCCCUGGAGCUCUGCAGGCCCCUUUCCCACCCCUGAGCCCCACCAUCAAGCACAUCUGUUUCUGACUUUAGCACCCGUGACAAUCAUCUGAACAGUAGCCACAAGGGGGCGCUUCUACCAGACAGCAGUUUUUCUGGUGCUCUCUGGGUGGGCCUGGUGCUGUAGGGCCAGGCAGGUAGGGGCUGAAAGGGGUUUCUCUGCCCAAGGAAGACAGAACACAGAGGACCUUGAGGGCAGGAACCCCACAGACUGUCCCUUCCAGCCCACAGUCUGCCACCUCCUGGCCCUGUCCCGUUUCUGAGCCAAGGCCCUGAGGCAGAAAGUCACCUGGUCCUCUGCCUCUAGGGAGCUGACUAGGGCUGAGGUUAAAGGCUGGGAUAGCCUUUGAGUGUUGGGUACGCUUCUGAGAACUUCGUGGUGACUGCCUUUGGAAGCCAGCAGGCAGUGUUGGCUCAGAGUUCCUAUAGAGUUCCCCCGGAGACCCCCUUUUCACCCCUAGGUUCCAUGGAGGACAACUUAAUCAGCAGCAGCAUGGCCAAGGCCACUAGAAACAUUUCUAGGGAGACUUCUAGUCAAGCUAUGCCAAUGUUUCACGUAGGCAUCACUGAGAGAGUUCAUUUGGAGAAAACUGGUCCAAAUUAGCAGGACGUGGCAGUCCCAAAUCACCAUCCUAGCCAGUUGGAGUCGGCUCAGGCUGGGGCUUGCUGGGUCCUGGGGUGGGAGGUGACGUUUCCUGAAGUGAACAAGGGCCAGGCAGAGGAGGAAGGCUCCCCCACACACCCCAGCCCCUUCCAGCCAGCUGAGGCCCAGGGCUGUGCCAUAUACUUCCUGCUCACCCACCGUACUGGGUAGGAUCUCCUGGCCCAGGAACCAGAAGCCAUUUGUCUCUGAGCCUAAAUCAGUUGCCACAAGCCCCCGAAUGAGUAAAAAAGAGAAGAGGAGAGAGCAAUGAAAAAUGCAGGGCUGUGGAGGGUAGGUGGGUGGGUGUGGGGCUGAGGGGACACCUGCAUCCACAUUUCCUCGGCACACAUCACCCCUUUCUGUCAUCUUAAGCCGGUAUAUAGAGCCCAGUGGAGUGUUAGUCUGUUAGUUCUAUUCACUCACGUGCUUCCUUUGAACAUAGAAUGUGACUGUUUGAAAAGCUGGUAGAACUAAUCCCCCUUACUGUAGAUAGCGCUGUGAAUCUUGGAUUUUUUUUCUGUGUUCUUUCAGAUGAGAUCUAUAAAUAUCUAUACAUUAUAUAUAUAUAUAUGUAUAUUGGGUACUCCGGCGUGUGGCUUUCCAUCGGAGGUUGUGUCUUCUUUGGUCAAAGUGAACUAUGAAUGGAAUUUGUUAUUUUCUUCUCUGUACAAAGUGAAGAGCCUACUUUUGUGUAUUCUGGUGCCUGAUGUCAUGAGACUUUGAGAUGACAAAAUGUAAAACAAAAACCCUUGUCAACGUAGAAAGAGUUAACUGUGCUGAAAAACUAAUAAAGAAACUAAGAAGAAUUUGAGUAUGGUGAUGCCAUGCCCAUCAUGAGAAGCUUUGGUAGAGACAGAAUGUUUAAGCUCGUGAGGCUGGUGCUUCUUGGGUUUGUUUAGGUGGGGUUGACCGUUCAGAGUGAAGACAGGCAUUUCCAUCUAUCUCUGUAUUUCCAUAUCUUGUCACAUUAUCUUACCAGUCCUUACAUUAAUUCCAUAGGGUAGAUACUAAUUAUCUUAGUUUCACAGUUGAGGAAACUGAAUUUGCCCUAAUAAGAGGCCAAGCUGGGAGGUGGCCUUAACAGUAUUUGACUUCAAAACCCAGACCUGUAACCUCUAUAUUCGCUGCCUCAUUUUCUUAAAUUUAACGGCAUGCUAUUUCCCCAUGUUUAACCACCAUUUCUGAUUCAUUUACUCAGCCAUUUAUCCAAUAAAUAGAUAUUGAGUUCCUGCUGUGUGUCAGCAACUAAAGAAGCAAGUAAAUAAAAAUAAGCCCCUCCAUGUGCUACGCAGAAGAUGAAAAACUGAGCGGGUCUAUUCUAUCAAUAGUUCUGGGAGCCCUGACCACACCACUCCGAAACACGUGCACAAACUGCUCUAAUUGCGCUCCCAGCCGGCCUCCCGCGAGGCCUUCCCUUCUUAUCCAGAAACGGGAUUUUGCACUUCAACCGGACUUCUACCCCGAGGGGUUUCAGCUGUCACAGACCAAGACUGGGAAGGGUUGUGCCUGGCUCAGACCAGGCUCAAGGCGGCAAGGGAACACAUCUUCCUGCACCCGGCGGCACGUUUUCUAAACCCAAGUGGGGAGACCCGGCCUCAAGGAUGUUCUCAGUAGGGGUCGUAGGACCAGGUGCAAACCCCUACUCGUCUUCUGCGUGGAAGUCGAAACGAACGUCACGUGGUCCCGGGGCGGGAACAUAGGCCCCGCCUCUGAGAGUCCUGCUCACGGACGCCGGAAGCGCCUGCGCGGGGCUGCGGUGUCGCGGGGCUGCGCGCCCUUGGACCAUGGCGACCCAGGCGAAGCGCCGGCGGAAUUGUCUUCGGAUGGUGGCCACUCAGCCCAUUCCUAAAGGCCAUGAGAUUUUCAACACUUACGGGCAAAUGGCUAACUGGCAGUUGAUUCACAUGUAUGGUUUUGCUGAACCGUAUCCUGACAACACGGAUGACACGGCUGACAUUCAGAUGGUGACGGUUCGUGAAGCAGCGUUACAGGG